CCUUCUCUGUCCUCAAUGUGUUGCUGUCAUAGCCUGAUCUCCACUGAUCCAGCAAGAUUUCUGGACAAGUUACUUGGUGAGAGUACGAUCCAUUGACCCACAGAGAAAAGCAGCUGUAGCCUAUUAAAGACAUUGCUUUGCAGCAACAUAGGAAGCAGCGUAGAUUGCAGCGUCUGACAAGACUGGGAGCGGAUGUCUAAGCAAACACAAAGCUGUGCGCAUCUGUGAGUAAACAGCAGUUGCAUUCUUCUAUUUACAUCUGCACAUUGUUUUGGGUGUGCAUCUGUUUCACAAAACAAGCAUAUUCAAGGUGUCGGAGUCUUCUGGUCUGGGGCAACAUGACUUUUGCAGAACUUUUAGAGCAGGUCGGCAGUAUGGGCCGUUUCCAAAUUAUCCAUGUUACGUUACUGGUCCUGCCAAUAUUACUGAUGGCCAGCCACAACAUCCUGCAGAACUUUACCGCUGCUACCCCUGGGCACCACUGCCAUAUUGCCAUUGUUGCUAACUACACUUGUGAUGACAACUUUACUGACGUCCUAUAUUGCCAGGAGCUCCUCAGGAUCUCCAUCCCCGUGGAUGGGAACCAGCAGCCAGAAAAGUGUCUCCGAUUCAUCUCUGCCCAGUGGCAGCUCCUAGACCCAAAUGCCACAACCAAUGGGACUGAAAUGGACAUGGAGCCCUGUAUGGAUGGAUGGAUCUAUGACAAGACUGUUUUCACUUCCACCAUCAUCACCGAGUGGGAUCUAGUGUGUGGCUCACGGACAUUGAAACAGAUGGCUCAGUCGAUCUAUAUGGCGGGAGUCCUGGUGGGAGCGAUUGUGUUUGGAAGUCUGUCUGAUAAGUUUGGACGGAAGUCACUCUUGAUCUGGUCCUGUCUGCAAAUGGCCAUCACCGGCUCUUGCGCUGCUUACUCAUCUAACUUUACCAUGUAUUGCGUUUUCCGCUUCCUGACUGGAAUGGCUCUGUCGGGGAUCAACCUCAACUGUGCGUCCCUCUCUGUGGAGUGGACCCCCACCAAACUCCGGGCAGCAGUUGGCAUGGUGACAGGAUAUAGCUACAGCAUCGGGCAGUUCAUUCUGGCUGGGCUAGCCUAUGUCAUCCCGGAUUGGCGCUGGCUGCAGCUGGCUGUUUCGGUGCCCUAUUUCAUCUUCUUCUUCUAUGGCUGGUGGUUCACAGAGUCGGCCCGCUGGCUUGCAACAGCUGGCAAACUGAACCAGGCGUUAAAGGAGAUGCAGAAAGUGGCACGAAUAAAUGGGCGAAAGGAAGAAGGGGACAAGCUCAGCAUAGAGGACUUGAGAGCCAGCCUGCAAAAAGAAAUGUCCUCAGCCAAAUCCACCCACACAGCUGCCGAUCUGGUGCGCACACAGUCUGUACGUAGGAUAUCCUGCUGCCUGUGCUUCAUAUGGUUCUCCACCAGCUUUGCCUAUUACGGGCUGGCCAUGGAUCUGCAGAAUUUUGGGGUCAGCAUUUACCUCAUCCAAGUGGUAUACGGAGCUGUCGACAUCCCUGCAAAGCUGAUUGGUUUCUUCAUGAUCAGUUUCAUUGGCCGGAGAGUCACCCAGGCUUCUGCUCUCAUCCUCGCAGGGCUUGCGAUCCUGGCCAACAUAUUUGUGCCACAAGAUCUGCAGACCCUGCGCACUCUUUUGGCUGUGUUUGGAAAAGGUUGCCUGGCUGCUUCAUUCAACUGUGCCUUCCUCUAUACAGGAGAGCUCUACCCCACCGUGAUUAGACAGACCGGAAUGGGGUUUGUGAACACCCUGGCUCGGGUGGGCGGCAUAGUGGCCCCGCUUGUGCAAAUGACCAGUGAGUACUUGCCAUCCCUGCCGCUGAUCAUCUAUGGAGCUGCCCCUAUUGUAUCCGGCAUCACCACCUGCUUCCUACCUGAGACACGUAACAUGCCAUUGCCGGACACCAUAGAAGACGUUGAGAGGCAGAGAAGGUCCAGAGUGAUUACAGAUGUAGGACGGGAAGACAAGGUUCCGCUGAAAGCCUCCAGAUUGGAACCACUCAAGGAAAUAAUUUAAGAAGAGAAACUAAACAGACUCUAGGUCUUGAUACCAAUUAAUCAGAUUAAAAUCAAACACCUUUGUCUUUUACCGGCUCAGGUCAGAGAUUGCUUCUGUGGGAUGGGUAUUCAUGAGACACUAUAUCAGCCUUUUGUAUCCACUUUCAGAAAAACUAAUAAAGUCAA